AUGCAGCAGGUGGAGCUGCGCGCGUUCCAGCGCGAGAUCCUGGAGCUGGCGCGCGAGAAGAAUGUGGUGAUGGUGGGCGACACGGGCAUCGGCAAGACGUUCCUGGCCAUCGCGCUGCUCUCGGAGCAGGACUUCUCGGGGGACAAGCGCGCCUUCUUCAUGGCCCCCACGCGGCAGCUCGUGGUGCAGAUCACGGCCAAGAUCCGCCAGACCAGCACGCUGAGCGUCAACGCGUACUGCGGCAGCACGGCCGACCUGUGGGACGCCGCGCAGUGGGAGCGCGAGCUGCAGCUCACGCGCGUGCUCGUGUGCACGCCCGAGAUCGUGCGCAACGUGCUGCUCAAGGGCUACGUGACGCUCAGCCGCAUGAACCUGCUGGUGUUCGACGAGUGCCACCACGUGACCAAGCGCCACCCGUACGCGCAGGUGGUCAAGAUAUUCAACCACGAGGACGACGCGGCCGCGCUGCCCCGCAUCUUCGGCACCACGGCGUGCCCCACGCGCCACUGCGCCGAGAAGCUCCACGCCGAGCUCAAGAAGGUGGAUCUGGACCAGAGCCAGAUCGCCGAGUUCGCGGCCGCCGCGCCGAUGGUGUACGAGACGUACCCGGUGCAGCAGCCGUGGGGAGUCGAUGGAGACGUGGAGGGGGAUCCGACCAGUGGCUCCUGGGUCUAUGACAACAUGCAGAAGGAGCUGGAGGAAGUGAAGGCCAUCGCGGUGUUUGAGAAGCUGGUGAAGAAGGGCAAGAGCGACGCGGCCAACGAUCCCGUCAAGCUGGAGAAGGCCCGGAAGAAGUUUUUGCAGAACUGCGUCACUAUCUACAAGAACCUCGGACCCUGGUGCUACUAUCGGUUUGCGGAGCUGGAAUUCAAUCGACUGGCCAUUGCGGCGUCGCUGCUGUUGACUGUCCCCGGGAGUAUGUUUGGGCUGGACCAGGACGCUGUUAAGACGAUGCUGCUGCUGACAGCCAAGCGUUCAGGGUGCAACUAUGCAUGCACCGCUAAGGUGGAGAAAGUGGAGGCGAUCUUGCGGGCCCAGUUGUUUGAUGAGGAGCAGGCCACGGUGGAGGAGGUGGUGGGGGCAGAGCUGAGCAACAGCGACGUCUCGGACAGUGAAAAUGAAGCUGCUGAUGUAACCACCUCGACUCCAAAUGAGGAGCAGCCUGAAGGAGGAAGCAGAGCCCGUCUUGACCUGCAGGGUAUCGUGUUUGUAAACACACGCACGGAAUGUCGCGUGCUGUCCGACUAUUUCAACGAGAAAUUUGCAUCGGUGGAGGAAGAUGAGGAGCUUGAUAACGAAGAGCUCACAGUGGAGUCGAGCGGCUUGAUGCCAGAAGUCCCACCGGUUGACCAGCCGUUUGCUAGCAUCCUCGGACGAGCGUCGCGUAGUGAUACGGCGUCGUUCCAGCUGCCGAAGAUGGAGACGACACUGAGGAAGUUUGAGUCGGGAUCUAUUCGCGUUCUGAUUUCCACUGCUGUGUCGGUGGAGGGUGUGGAUUUCCCGCAGUGCGGAUUGAUCGUGGUGAUGGAUCGGGUGGGGACUUCGCGAAUGCUGAUGCAGCUAAAGGGCCGUGCGCGUCACGAGGAUGGUAUUGUGUACUACUUGGCUGAAGAAGGCGACUUGGCCCACGAGGUGUACUACAAGCAGUUGGUCCGUGAGGCGGAAACGAUUAACCAGCUCGAGUUUUCGCACGAGAGGGUCGAGACCAUCCAGCAGCAGCCGCGCUCCAUUGCGGCUCAAAUGAUGGGCAACGGGGAGCAAAAAAUCGAAAUCGAGUCCACGGGCGCUGUGCUGGAUCUGGACAGCAGCAUUGUGUGUAUCAACCAGUUCUGUCAGUCUCUGCCGAGCCGGUUGUACACUGUGGAUGUGAAGCGGUUGUACUCCUUCUCGGAGGAGCGCUACGGUGGCAAGAGUAUGUUCACAGCGGAGCUGAACCUGCCGAUAGAGCUGGAACUGGAAGCUUUCCGGAGCGACCCGAUGCCUUCCAAGGCUGGUGCCAAAGCUUCUGCGGCGUUUAGCGCGUGUCAGAAGCUCCUGGAGCAGCAACUGCUCGAUGAAUCGCUGAACUCGAUCUACCGCACCACCAAGGUGAAGUCGUCAUCGAACGUGCGCGAUCUCAGCUUCUUCUUGGGCCGCCUGCACACGUAA